UACCGCCGGGUCUUUCUCUAUAACACCUUCUCGCAACCUUUGUCUCUAUUUGUCCACCUCCAACCUCGAAGCAAGCAAGAGAGAAACACAGAAAAAAAAAAGCCUCCGAGAGACCUAAACGAGAAAAAUGACUGGGCUUUUCCAGCCGUUGGACCGUGGAAAACCGAUGCCUUUUCUCCUCCUGAUCUCGAGCUAGAACGAGUUUGUCUUGCGUACAGGUAGAAGAAGAGGGAAAGAGGUUAAGAAGAGAGAGAUGGAAGGGAGAGAAGGGAAGGACAUAGAGAACAACGAAGGAGGAGCGAUGGCAAUGCCGGUGGCGGUGGGGGGAGAGGAGGAGGGAGAGGGGAGAGGGGUGAUGGAGAGGAAUGGAGUUGGAGGAGGAGGAUCAGGCUUCUUCUACGAGGAGGAGGACAAGGAGAUGGGGAUGAGGGAGCCGCUGCUGCGGAGGCGCACCAUGAACACCACCUCCCAGCUCGCCAUCGUCGGCGCAAAUGUCAGCCCCAUUGAGAGUCUGGACUAUGAAAUUGUAGAGAAUGAUCUAUAUAAGCAGGACUGGAGGUCAAGGAGAAAAGUUCAGAUAUUCCAGUAUGUUGUCCUGAAGUGGACCCUUGCUCUUCUUAUUGGCCUGGGUACUGGGCUGGUUGGCUUCUUCAACAACCUUGCAGUUGAGAACAUUGCUGGUUUUAAGUUGUUGCUGACUAAUAAUCUUAUGCUUAAGGAAAGGUACCGAGAAGCAUUUUUGGCAUAUGCUGGCUGUAAUUUAGUUUUGGCUGCAGCAGCCGCAGCCUUAUGUGCUUACGUUGCUCCUGCGGCCGCUGGGUCUGGCAUCCCUGAAGUGAAAGCUUAUCUCAAUGGUGUUGAUGCUCACUCUAUAUUAGCUCCCAGCACACUCUUCGUGAAGAUAUUUGGUUCCAUUGGGGGAGUUGCUGCUGGAUUUGUAUUGGGGAAGGAGGGGCCUAUGGUACACACAGGAGCAUGUAUUGCAAACUUGCUUGGUCAGGGUGGAUCUCGCAAGUAUCAUCUGACUUGGACAUGGCUUAGAUACUUCAAAAAUGAUAGGGAUCGACGCGAUUUGAUCACUUGUGGGGCUGCUGCAGGUGUGGCAGCUGCCUUCCGAGCCCCAGUUGGUGGGGUCCUAUUUGCCCUUGAAGAGGCAGCCUCUUGGUGGCGAAGUGCUCUUCUUUGGAGAACAUUUUUCACAACAGCAGUGGUUGCUGUUACAUUGAGAGCUUUCAUAGAAUACUGCCGGAGUGGAAAAUGUGGGCUCUUUGGAGAAGGAGGGUUGAUAAUGUUUGAUCUAAGUUCAACUGCUACCUCAUAUAGAACACCAGAUCUUAUCGCAGUUAUAGUUCUUGGAGUCAUUGGAGGUAUUUUUGGAAGCCUCUACAACUUUCUCGUGGACAAGGUCCUUCGCACAUAUAGCAUCAUAAACGAGAAAGGUGCACCUUUCAAGAUCCUUCUGACCGUCACCAUCUCUCUCUUGACCUCAUGCUGCUCCUAUGGACUCCCAUGGCUAGCCAAAUGCACUCGGUGUCCUCUCGAUCUAGACCAGUGUCCCACCAUUGGCCGCUCAGGCAACUUUAAGAACUUCCAGUGCCCACCAGGUCAUUACAAUGACCUUGCUUCUCUCUUCCUUAAUACCAAUGAUGAUGCCAUUCGCAACCUCUUCAGUAGCGGCACUGACAAUGAGUUCUACAUUUCCACUCUCUUCGUUUUUUUUGCUGCUAUUUAUUUCCUUGGCAUUGUAACCUACGGCAUUGCUGUCCCUUCUGGUCUUUUCAUCCCCGUUAUACUUGCCGGUGCCUCCUAUGGUCGCCUGGUAGGGACUAUACUUGGCCCCAUGUGUGCGCUAGAUAAGGGCCUCUUUGCCCUUCUUGGUGCUGCUUCUUUUCUUGGAGGGACCAUGAGAAUGACUGUCUCAGUUUGUGUUAUACUCCUUGAGCUCACCAAUGACCUUCUAAUGCUUCCCUUGGUAAUGCUGGUUCUCCUCGUAUCCAAAACCGUAGCAGAUAGUUUCAAUAGAGGGGUCUAUGAUCAGAUUGUUACGAUGAAGGGCUUGCCUUACAUGGAGGCCCAUGCUGAGCCUUACAUGAGAAACCUGGUUGCUGGUGAUGUGGUCUCGGGCCCGCUCAUUACCUUUUCUGGUGUUGAAAAGGUGGGAAAUAUAGUGCAUGCACUGAGGUUGACUGGACAUAAUGGAUUUCCAGUGGUAGACGAGCCACCCUUUUCAGAUGCACCAGAGUUGUGCGGGCUUGUUUUGAGGUCUCAUUUGCUUGUGUUGCUGAAAGGCAGGAGGUUUACGAAGGACAGGGUGUUAACUGGGCCAGCAGAGGUUUUUCGAAGGUUUGGUGCCUUCGACUUUGCCAAGGCUGGGUCCGGGAAAGGGGUGAAGCUGCAGGACUUGGAUAUUAAUGGAGAGGAGAUGGAAAUGUAUGUGGAUAUCCACCCAAUUACUAAUAGAUCCCCGUACACAGUUGUCGAAACGAUGUCUCUAGCCAAGGCUGCAGUUCUCUUCAGGGAGCUUGGACUAAGGCACCUAUGUGUUGUGCCAAAAACUCCAGGGAGGCCUCCCAUUGUUGGGAUUUUGACGCGGCAUGACUUCAUGCCAGAGCACAUUCUUGGACUGUUUCCUCAAUUCAAGCAUCACAUGUAGAACUAUGGAACAUUGAUGUAAUGUUCUCUUCCCUGAUCUAGUUGUUAUUGCUGUUACUCUUACAAUUGCAGUUAGUGUCAUGACCAUUCUUGGUCACCGUUUUUUUCUUGGAGACUGGAGAAGGUCUAAGCUUGAAGCUUCAUAUUUACUAUUAAAAAACAAACAUCGAAUCUCAAAUGUAUUUAGUUCCAUUUUCUUCAUAAUGUAUAUUUCUAUUAUGUCUGAUGAGAA